AUGGCGUGUCCAGUACUGGAAGAUAUAACUGGUAAAUUCAACAGUUUCACAGAGAAACCUGUUAAAUUUCUCGCUGUGCAAAGUGACCUCAAAGAUGAUAUUAAAAACUUGGUUAAAUCACUUUAUGAUUAUACGAAAACUCAAGAAACUAUCGAUAAAAAGGUGAAGAAGGCUGCGCUGCCGGAGAUGAUAGUUCAAGACUUCGACGAGGAACAGAUAUGGCAACAAAUAGAACUUCAAAACACCGAAUGUUGGGACCAGCUUGUAUGGGAUGUAGCUAAUUGUAUGUCCAGUAAAACUAACUUAGAGUUCCCUGUUACGACUUCUAAUGAAGAAAGUAACGAGAAAAAUAAUUUAGAUAGCGAUAAAUUAAUAUCUGAAGAUGAGGAACACUCAGAAUCAGAGAAAUCUGAUGAAAAUGAGGAUGAAGACGAAAUUAAUGAGAAACCUAAGAAAAAGAAAACAGUUCCAAAAUCUAAGGGUAAGACUUCAAUAGUUGAUGAUCAGUUCUUCAAACUACAAGAAAUGGAGAAAUUUCUAUUAAAUGAAGAAAGAAAUGAAGGUAAGAAAUCUCGGGAAGAUGACAGCGAUGAGGAAUCGAUUGAUAUGUUCAAUGACAUUGAUGAUGAUGAUGGUUCUAAUGAUGAGGAAGGUGGUAAAGAGGCCAUGUACUCAGAUUUCUUCAACCAGGAUGAAGAAAAUGAGGAUGAGUAUGAUAACGGUGAAGUUGAUGAAAAUGGAGAGAUGGAUGAUGAUCAAGUUGAUGAUGAAAUGGAUGCCGAAGAAGAUGAUCAGUCAGAUGUAGAGCCUCCCAAAAAAGAUAAUAAGAAAAAAGUGAAGUUUGCAUUAUCAGACUCAUCUUCCGAUGAUGAUGAUGAAUCUGUAGAUAGUGACACACCCACAAACAACAAUAAAAUACAACCAGACGAAAAGAAAUCAGAAUUUGAACAACGACAGCUACGUUUAAAACAACAGAUAGAAAAAUUAGAACAGAAAACCUUGUCAGAAGCUCCGUGGCAGUUGAAAGGUGAAAUAGACGCUUUGAAACGUCCGCAAAACUCGCUUCUUGAAGAAGUAGUAGACUUUGACCUUACAAGUAGACCACCGCCUAUAAUAACAGAGCAGACUACAGUCACGUUAGAAGGACUCAUCAGACGCAGGAUAAAAGACAAAGCUUGGGAUGAUGUUGAGAAGAAGGAAAAACCAGUUGAUGACCAACUUUCAUUCCGGAAGGAAGUAGUACUAGAUCAUGCUAAGAGCAAAUUAAGUUUAGCUCAGGUAUAUGAAGCUGAAUAUAUAAAACAAAAGCAGGCAGCAACCGGUGAAGUUGAAGAAGAGAAGGAACCAGAAGCUCACACCGAAAUUCGCGACACAAUGAAUAAGUUAUUCGCAAAAUUAGAUGCCUUAUGUCACUACCACUACACACCAAAAGCACCACAAGCCGAAGUCAAGAUUGUGAGCAACACACCAGCUAUAUCAAUGGAAGAAGUGGCUCCAGUCGCCACGAGUGAUGCAACAUUAUUAGCUCCUGAGGAAGUGAAGAGGAAGCGUAAAGGAGAACUGAUGAGCAAAGAAGAACGAACACAGACUGACAAGAAUAGAGAAAGAAGGAAAAAGAAGAAGUUACAACGCCAGAAAGGAAAAGUGGCUAAGGUGACAGAACAUAGGAAUACUGAGAAAGGCGCUGUAGCAACCUGUCCGAAGACGUCCAAGGCAUUCUUCGAGCAGUUAACGAAUGAUUCUCGAAGUUUAAUUAAGAAAAAUAAUGUAAAAAAUAAAGGACAAUAA